ACUUUACGAGCUAAUCGAAAUUUUUGUAAGCUAUUGUUAAAAUUUGGUUAGGCUAUGGAAUACUGUGCACAGCCGCACAGCUAAAACUUUGUUUCAUUAUUUAGAAAAUGGCGCAAAUGAUAAACCAAUACUGCUCAGAAAAUGUCGCUUCCACAAGCGAUGCGAAAAGCGCUGCUUCUAAUUCUCUUCUGAUCAAAUAUGGAAAUAAAAAUGUAGAACUAAAAAUUAUGCAGGAUGUAAUGAGUAUGUACGAAAAUAAUCUCUUGGAGAAGGAAAAAAUAUUAGAAGAAGAAAAACGAAAACUGGAGGAAUUAAAUAAUCAAGCAUGGUCCGUAGAAGACUCAUUUUGCAAGGAAGUGUGGCAAUUCUCGAAGGAGCAUGAUUUCUCUGUUAUCUUUGAACAAUAUCCUUUUGUUAUGCAAAUUGAUUGUGUAAAGCAAAAAAUCAAUAAUGAAGACAACGUGGAAAAGAGUUUUGAGCUGAUUGAUCUCAUAAAGGAAAUUGAUGUUAUUCAAGCGGAAAUAUGUAGUCUUAAAAGAAAAAAUGUGAAAUGUGAGGUGGAAAGCGCUUUAACAUACUUACAAAAAUUACAAAUAACUUCAGAAGAUAUUAAAGAAUUAUUGAAUCUCAUUAGUCCUUCAGAACUUACGUGCAGACUUGCAGCAAUAUCAAUACCUGUACACGAUGAAAUAAUUCCUGAUAGUGAAAAUAAAGUCAGACGACGUAAGAAUGAUUCAGACUGUGAAGAUUUAAAAAUUAAGAAAAUACGUGGCAAUCAAAACGAGUCGUCGGUGAAAAAUAAAUCAUGCUUGAAAAGUGGCAAGUCGAAAAGAAAAGUAACAAUUGCGACUCCUAAUAAUUAUUCUCAAUUGCCGAUUGAGAGAAGUAUCAUAUUAACUGCAGAAAUGAAAAAACCGCAGAUCAUGAACGCAUUUGUAAAACUCACAAAUAUCGAAACACAGAAAUUACAAAAUUUUACUCCAAAGAAACGCAGUGAAAUUUCUAUCAAAUUUGAGCAGAGUCGUGAAUAUAAAUAAUAAUUAUUAUCAUUAGUAAUUAGAAGUCCAUCACAGAAAUUGGAAAGAUUAAAGAUAAUUAAGAAAGUGGAAAUAAAUUGUAAUUAUAAGAACCACGUUUACAUUGUACAUUGUAUAAUCUAAAAAUUAAAUUAAUAGGAUUAUUUAAAGGAAGUAAAUACAUUACCUCCCACUUUCCUGAACGUUAGGAUCGGAGAGAUCCUCAAAGAAGCAAAGAUAUUGAUUUCGGGAAAAUAUUCCAUAAUAUAUUUGUGUAUUUAGAAAUGUUUAUACAGCGUCUUGUAUAAUGUAAUGUACACUGAAUUACAAUUAAUAUUACAUUCUCGGAAUUAUACACAAUAUCGUGUGUUGCGCAAUAGACUAUUCAACAAGUGUUUAUUAUCUCAGAAUAGCAUAUUGUGCGUUUGCAAUCGUCAUAUAAAUUUAUCGCUUGCAAACCACAAGGACUAUGUGCUAUCUAUCAAUUUGUGUACCUCAUUUUGUUUCUUCUUUAAACUGUUUAACAGUUUAUCACAACGGAUCGUAUUAUAUCACCGAUCUUGGCAACUUGCAUAUAAAUAGCUCGAUGAAUUUUCCACACGUAAAGACUUUCAUUACAACACCUAGAGGCUAAUUUGUUAAACGGUCGCCAUAUCGGGUCCUUUGGAUAAUAUAUAAUUUAUAUCAUUUCGUAAAAAUAUUAAUUAACAAUAUCCUUUAAAACUGCAGACUUAUAUAUGUAGAAUAUAUUAAUAUAUUCCUGCUUUCCUGCUAUUCACGAAUGUCACAUUCCAAAUUUAUAAAAUUUCCAUAUGUGCUUCUCUUAAAAUGUAACUUACUGUUCUUAAUUAAAUUUUUUUUUAUUUUAAUUUAUACCUCGAUAUCAUGAUGUUUAUUUUGUAACAGUGAAGGUUGAUAAUUGGAAAUGCUUAAAAUAAAACAUUGCAAAAAUGCUAACGCACACCUCCGCAAUUCUAAAUAACGUAGCGCGUAGAAUAUAUUAAAAGCAACAGUAUAUAGAUGUAUAAAACUAUAUUACUACUAAAAUUCAAUGGCUUCUACAAAAAUAUAAUGCACAUUAUUUCCUGCUAAGUAAAUUAUGUGUCUUUAAACCACGCCUUUUUCUAAUGCCAAUAAAUCGCUCAUGUUCUCGACAAGAUAUAUUUCACUAUUAAUAGUUCGUGUAAGUGGGAGCCCACAUGACGACCGUUACAUUGCAACCUUUAUCCUAUAUAAUACAAUGAAAGGAGUUUUCACACUCUCAGACUUAAAAUAUUUGACAUAUUAAUCAGCAAGAACCUUUGCAACUUUUUCUCCUGUCGUUCGAUGUACAUUUCUAAAAUUUACUAAUUAAUUUUCACAGUAUUCUCCUGCGCAACCUGUUCGUAUCAUUGUAACAAAUUACAAAAUAAACGUCUGCCAACUUGUAAAGACCGCGAAAACGUCUUUACAAAAAGUCUUAUAAAGUCUGCAGAAACGAGAACAAAUCUCCCCCCAACGCUUGCUAAUUAUUUUUAAUUUAAUAUCCGAUUAUAUAUAUAUAUGUGUGUGUAAUUAAAAUGUAUGUACAAUCUCAUGCAGAGAACCGGUAAAUUAAUCUAUUUUACACGAAUCCGACGAUUCGUCAGCGACAAAGAUUCUUACAGACUUUAAAACAGAAAACCGGGAAAUAAAUUUUACAUAAUGUUUGCGAGGUGCAAGAACGCGAAUAAUAUGUGCUUUCUCGAUAAAAACAUAGAUACAUAUAUAGACAUACAUAAAAUAUAUGCUCAUAUAGAAGCGACAUUCGCAACGUAUUACACAUUAACCUCAGCGUGGGAGAAUACUUUCACUGACUUCGUUUUUAACGGAGAAUUUGCUAAGUUCCAUUUUCUAAUCUAAUUGUAAAUCCGAGGGUCUUCCUCGUCCGCACGAUUUACAAUUUGUAUUUGGAAUAACAGAUAAUAUAGAUGCUAGAUCGCGGAAUUAGCAGAAACUGCAAAACGUCUAAUGUAACGAUAAAAUUAGCAAAUUAUAAAUUACAACAGCGAACACUUCGUAACAUUAAAGAUCGAAGAAAAAUCAGGAUAACAUCUAUAAUCGCAAAAUUGAUUACAGAAUUAAUUCAUCACUUCUGGUAGACAUCGACGAAAAUAUCUGUAUAGUUAGAAUUGCUGUAUAAUGAAAAAUAGCAAAGUGACUAAUAUAACAAUCGAUAUCUAGAGACAAUUAUGGCGCUUGAAUAUAAAUUUUCUCAUAGCUAGAGGGUAGUUGCAAUUUUUUAGCGACGUUUGAACAAAAUAUACCUUUCGAUUCUUGGACAAUAGAGAUUAUGAUGACAUGACACACACCUCUUUCUUCUCACAAAAUUAAUAUCUCAACUAUGGAGAUUUUUACAGUACGAGAUGUUAACUAAUUAUUAUAACGUUAACAAUUGAUAUAUUGGCGAUUACUGAUUGCAAUAACUAUUGAAUACCAAGUCAUAAUACUUGAUUUCAAAUAUGUGUUCAAUCAUGAAUAAAAAAUUGCUGUGAUUUCUCUAUUAACAUUUGAGAAUAUUAAUCUCACAAAUAUUUUAAUGUAAAACAAGAUAUGUAAUUUCAAAAUUGUACAAAAAAAGUUUAGAUAAACAUAUUCUUGUGUAUUAACAGAAAUCAUGAUAUGAUUUUUGAUCUGAUUGAAUAUACAUCUGAUUGAAUACAUAUUUGAAAAUAAUUAUGACUUAUUAUUCAAAUGUUAUUACAAGACAAACAACAAUCUCAAUUGUUCGCACAUUUAAUGCUAAGCAAAACUGUUUGAUUUCGAAAGAAAAAAUUAAUUUUAUCAUUAUUGAUUAUUUAAUUAAAUUAGAUAGUCAUGUUAAAUAUGCGAUAACAAUGGAGACGUGAUACUUAAGUAAACCGCGUAAGACACUAUCAAAAACAAUAUAAUAAGAAUGGAUUCGCUAUUGGCAUUCGCAAAUUAUGACGAUACAGCAUAAUAUAUACAUAUGCGAUUACAUUUAACAGAUAUAGAUAUAGAAUGUAAUCUAACAACAUAUACACAAAUGAGAAGACUAUUCAGAAUGAAGAAAUCAAUAAGCCGCAAGGAUCCUCGAAGAAUUCAUGACCUAUAGAUCUAUAGGCACAUUGUUAUAAAUGCAAGCUUGUUUAUGCGAUAGAGAUAUAUAAUAAUACUUAUCCAGAAUUAAUUAAUAAUAUAACGCG